GUGCAAAAUAAAAUAUUUAACUUUCAGAAGAAAGAUUCAACAAUUUAUAUUGGAAUGGUGAUGAUGAUGAUAAUGAUUCUGAUGAAAGUAACAACAUAUGUGGGUUGGGUUUAACUGAUGAUGAGGAAGAUCAGGUGAACCAUGAUUGUGAGGCUGAUAUGUCUGAUGAAUCUGACGAGGAAUUUUCAAUGGAUAUGCAUGUGAAAAUAAAGAAAAGAAAAUUAAAUGAAGACUCAAAGAAAAAUAAAUUAUUGCCAGUGGAGACACUCUCUGUGUUUUUUUGUUGCUCCCUAUUUUGCUUAGGAGGGAUUCCAAUGGCAGAUUUGUGUUUAGCAAGAGAACAUUACUGCCUUAAGACCAAACAAGAAAAAAGCCAGUACAUUAUGGACACCAUAAUACUUAAUACAAGUUCAACUGGAAAAUGUAGCUUCAGCAUUGGUUCAGUUCCAAUUUGUCUUGCGGCUUGGAGAGCAGUUUUAGGAAUUCCUGAAUCAUCAUUUUAUAACAUUAAGAAACAAGUAACAGGUAACAAAUUAGUGCAGCUUUGCUAA